AUGGUGUACACAACCUGCAAGGAUUGGUCAAGAAAAUUGAAUGAUGCUUUGUGGGCUUACCGGAUGGCUUAUAAGACUCCUAUUAGCAUGUCUCUUUAUAAACUUGUUUGUGUAAAGCCUUGCCAUCUUUCGGUGGAGCUAGAACAUAAGGAUUUGUGGGCAAUCAAAAAGCUUAAUCUUGACCUUGAUAAGGCCGGUGAGAACCAUUUACUCCAAUUGAAUGAGUUGGAGGAGUUGAGACAUAAUGCCUAUAACAAUGCUAAAUUCUAUAAAGAAAGGACCAAAGCUUUUCAUGAUAAACAUAUUGUGAAGAAGUCCUUACGGCCCUGGGAAAAUGCAUGGCUCUUCAACUCUAGACUAAAACUCUUUCCCGGGAAACUUGACACCUAA